AUGCAGCGAAUUGACGGCUAUACUUGCUGCGGCAUCUACUACAUCCCCGCUGGCACCUACACCCCUCAACCCCUCCCGCUUCUGAACCUCACUACAGAAAUCACACUAACCCCAACUUACUCGCGCACGGUCUUAAAACAACAUUUCAAGAACCCUUCCAUAACAGAGGCCAUUUCCGAGGCUAACUAUGUCUUCCCUUUGCAUACCACUCAAACAAUCACCUCCUUUACUUGCCAUGUUGGUGAGGAUAAGGUUCUGAACGGUAUUGUACAAUCAAAACCGAAGGCGAAGGCUACCUACGAUGCUGCAGUAUCUCGCGGGGAGACUGCGGGUCUUUUGAGUUCCGCCGAUAGCGAUGUUUGGCAAACAAAGCUGGGAAAUGUCCCAGCUGGUGCCUCUAUCGAGGUUGUCAUUACUUGUGUCGCCCAGCUGCAACAUGACAGUGAAAGGGACGCGAUCCGAUUCAAUCUCCCAACAUAUAUUGCGUCUCGCUACGGAGCUCCACCACAAGAAAUCCUCAAUGGAGAUGUCUCUUACAGUUACCGUGUCGGUAAACUUGGGUGGGGGUCGUGGACUGUUCUCCGCGGUACCGAUAAAUGGGUCGACGUCGACGGCGGAAUGAGUAUCAAAGUUUUCGUAGAAAUGGAUUCCCCGAUUAAAAUGGUUGAAGCUCCAGCCCAUGCUACAAGGCUUAGCAUGGGAACCCAUUCUGCUUCCGAUUCGUCUGAAGCUUUUGACCCGAAAAAGGCACUUCUUACACUGUCUGCCAAGACCACUAGUCUUGAUAAGGAUUUCGUUGUUUUGGUCAAGACUGCUAGGUCUGGGCACCCAUCUGCUGUCGUCCAACGUCAUCCUACAAAGGAUACAGCUUCAAUGAUGGUGACCCUUGUGCCAAAGUUUAACAUGCCGGUCGCUCGUCCAGAAGUCGUAUUCAUUUGCGAUCGUUCUGGUAGCAUGAGCGGAAACGAAACUCAGCUUCGAAAGGCGCUCGCUGUUUUCUUGCAAUCCCUACCUGUGGGCUGUAAGUUCAACAUUUGUAGUUUCGGUAGCUCCCACAGUUUCCUUUGGUCGAAGUCAAAGACCUAUAGCGAGGAAACACUUAAGGAAGCUCAAAAACACGUCGCUGGGUUCGAGGCGGAUAUGGGCGGUACAGAGAUGUUCCCUCCAGUCAAAGCAGCUGUCGAGCGUAGGUAUAAAGAUGUCAAUCUCGAGCUCCUUUUGUUGACAGAUGGUGACAUUUGGCAACGAGACCAGCUCAUGGAUUAUGUCCGCGAGCAGUGCAAGGGCAAGACAGUUAGGAUGUUUACCUUAGGCAUUGGUAAUGGUAUCUCGCAUGCUCUUAUCGAUGGCCUCGCUACUGUUGGUGGUGGUUAUUCGCAAGUUGUUCAGCUCGAGGAAAAGCUAGACUCCAAAGUCGUUCGUAUGUUACGUGCUGCGCUUGGCCAGCAUGUAAGCGACUAUACACUUGAGCUUUCCGGCUCUACUACUACUACCACGUCCGAUGAGGAUGAGUACGAUAUGCUCGGGGACGCAGAGCCAGAAAAAGUAAUUAUAUCGGGGAAAAAAGAGAGAGAACCGACACCGGAGCCGAAGAAAAUCUCACUCUUUGACACUUCUGCUGAGCUAGAUCCUCCACCAGAGUACGAGAGCAAAGACACCGAUGAGGCUCGUUGGGCCCAUCUUCCCCCACUUCCGAAACUUCCAGCCAAGAUUCAAUCACCAAAUGUAAUCCCACCACUAUUCUCGUUCAGCAGGACCAACGCAUAUGUAGUUUUUACUCCAUGCCCGAAGACCUUCCCCAAAGUUGCUAAGUUACAAGCAAAGACCAUCACUGGCGAUAUCCUGGAACUUGAGAUCCCCAUCUUGAAGAUUGAUGAUGGGAAAGAUGUCUCUCAACUUGCCGCUCGAAGCUUCUUGCAGGAAUUAGAAAACGGCACGGGAUAUCUUCACGAAGGUCUGCUCAGCGCUGAAGGAAUUACUAAAGACAAGCAGGAAAGCAAAUGGGACGAGAUAAUUGAACGUGAAGGUGUUAGAUGGGGUGAGGGAUUCGAGGUGGCUUCGAAAUGGACAUCUUUCGUUGCAAUCGAAGAUAAGCCUGGGAAUGUUGUUGAAGAAGAGGAGACUAUUAAGGUUGCAACUGACGAAGCGGAAGGCAGUGAAAGGUCUCGAUUUUCGCGACGGAAAAUGUCCCCCACAGGUAUGGCCUCGAACCCUAGCUCUGCUCUUCGCCCCAAAGCAUAUAAUGCCACAAACGACCUUGCCGAUACUGCGACGGGAUACCGUCGUGGUGGAUCUAUGAAGAAAAAGAGUAUUGCGCCGAGUUUCGGUUUCUCUGCUCUAACUCGAUCAGCGAAAUCUGCUGUCCAAAACCAGGGCGGCUUGAUGGGUUCUACUGGGUCUGAAUUGAUGGAUUUCGAUUUCGACUCUUUCUUGCAAGAAUCAGACCAAAACACUUAUGGUCCAGGAUUCGCAUACUCAUCUCCCGGAGGUAUAACCCCUUACGAUUCUUGUCUGGCAUCUUCAGAAUAUUCCACUUUUCAUGGCGGCUUUUCGUCGAUCAAGGAACAUGGUCGUGUUGGGUUUCAUCCUAUUUACCUAGUUUCUUCCCUAGGGUCUCCUGUUUACAAUCCUACAUCCCCUGGCUAUACUCCUACCUCCCCUAGUUACCAUCCCACUUCCCCCCCUUCUAUCUCAAAGUCUCCGCCUUAUACAGGAUUUUAUCCUCCUGUGAGAUCGGGAGUCCAGCACUCGGUGGCAUUUCCGCAAUUUUCUCCGAAAUCCCCUAAUUAUAGCCCUGCUUCUCCUUGCUAUUCCCCGACAUCACCAGUUAGUACGCCAAAGGCAACUCCCUACGGCGAAGCCCAGGGACCAGAAAUCGCACAGACUUCCUCAUCUGAUCAAAAGCGGAAACGAAGACUCGCGGAUAAUGGAGACCAGGAUGACGCCGUUUCUAGGAAUGCGAAUAUUUGGAAGUUUAAUAAUGGUUGCACCGUUCAACCGUUGAUUUUCAUAGUUUCUGUUACUAGCAUGUUUGGCAGUAGCUCUGGUGGGUACCCCAUGAAUUUCCCUUCCCCUGUAAAUCCCAGUCCGGCUCUGCAGUAUCAAUCGGCCAUGGCGGCCCCUCCGUUUGCGACAGCAAGUUAUCAGUAUAGAGCAGCCCCGCCCCCGCCCCCGCCCCCGCCCCCACCUUCAGGGUCAAUCUACAUGCAGGCUCAAGCUCAAUCAGCCCCGCCUCCACCGCGGGUGAGUGGGCAACGAGGUAUUGUAUUAGAAGACUAUCAAAUGCAAUUGAUGAUGCUGGAGCAGCAAAAUAAAAAGAGACUGAUGAUGUCUCGUGCUGAAAAUCCCAUAAUGAUCGGAGGUCCACCGCCGCCGCCGCCACCACCACCCCAGAUGCUGCCUGGGUUCUCAACUGGACCGCCGCCGCCACCGCCGCCGCCGCCACAGAGCCUUUAUGGAAUGGCUUCUCCGAGGCCUCCUAGCCUCUGUGCGGGACAAUUGCCACCACCACAUGGCCUCCUUGGCGGUGUAACUUCUGGAGGCCCCUCACCCUCAGUUUACGAGGAUCUCCGGCUUCCGGAUUUGGAUGCACUGCAAUCUGAUGGAGAUACUAUAAUGAGUGGCCCGCUAACAAAUACUAUGGCACAUAUAGCACCCCCACCACCUGCUAGAGAGAGUUCCAUUGCGGCCUCAUAUGUUCCACCUCCAAUAAGGGCGGCUGCUGCACCCGGCCUUGGUAAGCCACAGAUCCCUAUGCCCUCCUCCUCCUUCUAUGCGCCCCCGCACAAGUCCCAAGACAACGACGAAGAAGAAAAUCUAGAAGCAGAAAUCGAUACCCAGUUGGCCCAAAUUGGGAACGAGGUUUUCAGAUUAAGCUACCUAGCGCAUAGCAUCGAUCAAGAAGUUGAGAAGCAGAAUCGGUCGAUUGAUAGAUAUGACGACAAAAUUGCUAAAUUACUUGAUGAAAGUGAACAUUGUGGAACUGACAAACGCCAAAUAGUGUAUUCUGCCUCCCGCCAAAAAAGCAGUGCUCCUAUGCCUCCAGGAGGCUCAGCGAUGUACGAAUCCCCGAAAGAAUUAAAAAAAGAACGCUCAGCUUCGUCCUCGAUAAUGAAGAAGAGUGCUAAAUCUUUUGCUCGAAGGUCCGCAUCACCUGGAUUUGCCAAGGCAUCCGCGCCCGCUCCGCAAUCACUUUCUGGUGAUAUGGGUGACGAAGAAGACGACGAAGAUAUGGGAUGCGACUUUUUGGAAGAGUCUCGAAGCAGCGUUAGAGCUGGUACCCCAGUCGCUGUCGGAACAGCGGAAGAGAGGAUUCACGGCCUUAUCAUGCUCCAGUCGUUUGCUGGGAGUUUUUCGACGUCAGAUAAGUUGGCUUCGAUUGUCGCUGCCAGCUUUAAGGGAGCGCCUGCUUCGGAUGUUUUGAAGAAGCUGAAGGAGUUGGCGCAGACUUUGGGGGUUAAGGAAGAGAUCGUGGCUACUUGGGCCGCAAUAUUAGUGUUUGAGAAGGGCGAGGGACAUGCCGCUGAGAGGGACACUUGGGAGUUAGUUGUUGAGAAGGCGGUCAUGUGGGUCGAAGGGGAAGGAAGUGGUGAUGAUGUUAAGGAAAAAGUUAGGGACGUCAUUGGGGCUUAG